CACAUGAUUUUCCCCAGAGGAAAAACAAUACUUUUAUAACGGUCGGUGGGGAAACAAAUACAUGUGCAGGAACCGUUACUCUAUGGUCAGCUUCUCCAGAGCGCAGUGGGCAGAGGCCACACGUGUUACGUCUCUUGCGUCCUAAUAAGGUGUUCCCUCCACUUGGGUUUCAGACGGUGGCAAGUUAUUUUGCUUUAUUUAUCCUGUCACCCUAAUUUGGAGGGGUGGACUGGUGCUGCAGAAACAUUUCUCAUAAGUACUUUAUGAACUUAAAACAAAAUCAGAUACCUGAGUUUGAAGGCGGUUGCUGUUUGUGAUAUCCGAGAACGGCAAAAAAACUAAAGGGCUAAGAACUGGGUAUGCCUUGAUUCACAAGAGGACUGGCUGGACCGUUCAGUGGCAGAAAAUUUCUGUUCAGAGCUCCAGGAAUUCUCUCCCGGCUGCGUCAGGAAGCAGCUGCUGGUGUGUGAGUUUUGAAACGUGGCACAGCUCCCCCACAGAGGCAUACAGACUGGUCCCUCAGGGUCUGAUCUUGGAGCUCAGAGGUGAUGCUCUUUUAAACAGACGCGGACUUGACCAAGGGAACCCGGGUAAGUUUCAGGAGCCCGGCAGUCUCUGGUCUUGAUUAGCGCCUCUCGGCGCGGCUGGGACUUCACAGCACCCGGCGGGGCCACCUCGGGUGGAAAUCCGAGUCUCUGCACUGUGGCGUUGCCUCCAGAGGAAGCUGAGAACCAGUCUUCUAGAGCUCCAAAACCUGGGACUUAAUCCAGCUGACGCUGGCUUCAGCAUACUGACCAUGGGACCUGGCAGGAUUCCAUGUGCCCAGGACGAGCCGGCACAGGUGGUGAACGCUGGCAUGAGUGACCCACGGCACCUGCUGCACGGCCAGUCUGCAGACAGAGCCACCGUGCAUCCAGCCUCUGGAAGGUACUCCUGACAGAUGUUCAGAAAGCCGCUGCUACGCAGACAACAGGCCCACUGCAGGCCCGGCCUGCCGAAUCCCCCGCCGGCUCCAUUGUGCAGCUUCCGCGGGGAGGGCGCCGGGUGCAGCACCCUCUACGGGUCACUAACCUCCCCAAGGAGCGCGUCACCCCAGAAGCGCAGAGAACCCACGGGAGACGGGACGCCUGGACGUCAUUUAUUUUGCUGGAGCCCAGUGAUGGCAGCCUCUGAGCCGCCCGGGGCCUGGGGCGGCCACUGACUGCCCGAGGCAACCGCCGCGGCCGCCGCGCAGGAGGUGGACGCCGACCACUGGGCCCUCUGGCUGGAGCCUGCACUCUUGGGGAGUCGAGCGCAAGUACUCCCAGGCGCAGGGGAACGGCGCCCUGUCCACUCCGCGCUGGCAGAGCUGCCCCCACCCAACGGGUCACUUUGCGGACCCGCUGGACAGAACGUGUAACUCGCACAUUAAAUGAAAGUCUGUUUAUCCGGGCCGAGCUUCCCCGCCGGUGCUGGCGUGGGCGGGAGGGGCCAGAAGAGCUGCGGAGCCUCUUGUGGGGGGAGGGCGGUGAGCAGGGCUUGUCAGGGGUCCUCUCCCCACCGUGUGCGCCGCCCGGAGCCUGGAAUCCCGCGGCGGCCUCGUGGCGCGUUGGGUGCGGGGCGGCCCCGCCCUCCCGGUAGGGAGGGGGCGGCCCCACGCGCCCCGGGGGCGGGGCUCCGGGGGCGGUGCCCAGUCGGGCCCGCGCGGCCAUUGGCUGGGCCGCCGGCCCACCCGGCCUUAGUUUCCCGCGGGCUCCGGGCGGCCCGGGGGCAGGGCCGGGCUCGGACUAUGCAGGGCGGAGCCCCGGAGUGACGCGGCCGACCCGCCCCGGCCCAUAAUCGGCGCCGCCGCCGCCGCCAAGACCGAGCGCAGGAGCUCGGACCCGAGGCCGCCGCCGGGCCCCGAACCCCGCCCGCCAUGCCCGCGCCCCGCGCUCUGGCGGCCGGCGCGCCAGCGCCUGGGAAGGCCGCGCUCACGCACCCGGGGAAGGCGAUCCUGGCAGGUGGGGCACGCGCACGCGGACCCCGACCCCCACCCGACCCCGCCGCGUUUCCGGGCGGCCUGGCGGGUGGCAUCGAAAUCUGCAUCACCUUUCCCACCGAGUAUGUGAAAACGCAGCUACAGCUGGACGAGCGCUCGCACCCACCGCGCUACCGGGGCAUCGGGGACUGCGUGCGGCAGACGGUCCGCAACCAUGGCGUCCUGGGCCUGUACCGCGGCCUCAGCUCCCUGCUCUACGGCUCCAUUCCGAAGGCGGCCGUCAGGUUCGGGAUGUUCGAGUUUCUGAGCAACCACAUGCGGGACGCCCAGGGACGGCUGGACAGCACGCGCGGGCUGCUGUGCGGCCUGGGCGCUGGUGUGGCCGAGGCCGUGGUGGUCGUGUGCCCCAUGGAGACCAUCAAGGUGAAGUUCAUCCAUGACCAGACCUCCCCCAGCCCCAAAUACAGAGGAUUCUUCCACGGGGUCAGGGAGAUCGUGCGGCAACAAGGGCUGAAGGGGACGUACCAGGGCCUCACGGCCACCGUGCUGAAGCAGGGAUCCAACCAGGCCAUUCGAUUCUUCGUCAUGACCUCCUUGCGCAACUGGUACCGAGGGGACAACCCCAACAAGCCCAUGAACCCGCUCAUCACUGGCGUGUUUGGAGCCAUCGCGGGCGCAGCCAGUGUCUUCGGGAACACUCCUCUGGACGUGAUCAAGACCCGGAUGCAGGGCCUGGAGGCGCACAAGUACCGCAACACGUGGGACUGCGGCCUGCAGAUCCUGAGGAACGAGGGGCCCAAGGCGUUCUACAAGGGCACCGUCCCCCGCCUGGGCCGGGUGUGCCUGGACGUGGCCAUCGUGUUCGUCAUCUAUGACGAGGUGGUGAAGCUGCUCAACAAAGUGUGGAAGACAGACUGAGCCCCGGGGUCUGCGCAUGGGCUGCUCCCAGCGCCCCCUUCUCAUAAUUGCAGUGCAGUCGUGCCAAAAGGCCCCCUUCUCCUGUCCCUUACAGUCCAUGGCCCAGGGCUGUCCCCUGUGGCCAUCGGGUCCAUGUGUCCCCUGUGGUCUGUAUGACACCACCGUGGUGUCCAUGUGUCCAGCUGAGACCGGGUGUUCCUCUGGCCUGUGAAUCUGUGCCCACUUGUCCACGUGCUUACUUGUAUGCCUGUGUUUCAUGUUUCGUGUUCUGUGACCCUGUGCCCCACUUCCCGGGGUGCCUGUGUGGCCUUGGGUCACGGCCCUGUAGCCAUGGCCUGGUCCCAGCCCGGUGCCUUCCACCCUGGGCAGCAGGGGCAUCACCCUGGCCUACCACAGCUGCCUCUGGGCCUCAGCCUGGCCUCACUGCAUUCCAGGGGCUGCGUACCCCCCGCUUCUCCCGCCACUGGCCUUAACCAGCCCUUGGGCCCUCCCUCCGCCCAGGACAGGGUGGCACCUGCCACUCUCAGGACCACCCUUCCAAGGCAGAAUAAACUGGAUCCUGUUGCA